ACUCAAAAGCUGAGGAGAAUCUGCACAAGGAUGUGGACAACAAAUCAAAUGAUCAUUACGAACUUCCCAAACAUAAAGCUGAAGGGAAAUACUUGCAUUCACAGAAGGAAGAGAGAAAAGAGAUGAGAAAUCACAAGCUAAACUUGACAAUUAUACAUCUCACAGACAAGGUGGUUUUUUCUGAAAGAAAAGAGGAUCAACCUCCUACCUCGAGGAAAAGACCUGCAUUCAAGGAGAAGAAGGCUCCGGUGGAUUCAGGAGACGUUAAUCUAGCUGCAAAAGGCCAGUUUAACCAUCGUCCAGAAAGGACAGAAAGGAAGGAGGAAAGAAGCAGCAAUCCAUACCAUUUGGACAGACCUGAGAAGCAAUUUGCAGAUGACAAAGCACCCUACAAGGAUAAAAACUGGGAGAGUCAGGUUUUGCGUCAAGAGAAAGGCAUAGGGGCAAUGCUGGCAAUGACAAUUCCAUGGGAAGAGAUAAAUUUGUUGGAAGGUAAGGAUAUCUUCCUAGUAAAACUCAAACUGAGAAGUGGCAACGUGAUUUGUAUAAAGACGUUGAUAAGGACGCCGUUCCAUCGUUCCUCAAAAUGAGGAUGACCAAAUUGCAAAACUGGGGAAGCUCUUUUGGCUUCAUAAAAUAUUUAUAAGCUCUUAAAGGUUGUUCUGGAAAUUUCAGAGAUGAGUUGCCCAACUAAGUAUUUCAUUUCCCCAUGUUUACAUGUAUAACUCAGGUGCAUAUUAUGAUGAUGAUGAAUCUGUUCAUUAUUAUUAUAUCAAAGUUUAUCACCAUCAUCAGCAUGCUAAGAGAUCCUGUUGCGUGAAACAACUGUCACGUUCAGCAGAGGUUAUCUGGCUUCAGUUCCUGCUGAUUUAGGCGGACAGGAUUUGAAAUUAGACUUGCCCUUUGGCUUUGAAAUUAGAAUUGUCUUUGGCUUCAUUUAGCGCAGAGUGAUCAGCAGUUGAAAUGCUUGUAUCAACGGUUUUCCUAAACUAUCAAAUCGUUUUGCUUGAUCGUGACCAUUUCUAGAACAAUGUAUCUUUUAGUUAAAUAUUCCUGGCCGAAAUUUGU